UCUCGCUCCGCGCCUUCUGCCCGGCCCCGGAGCGGGGCAUGCGGCGGGCGGACCCCGAUAGUGAAGACUUUGCCUCGGAGCUGCGGCUGCUGAGGCUCAGAUGCCGACUGUGAGCAGGUCACCCUAAAGAAUGGCCGAGCCUUCUGGGAACGAGCUGGCGUCCGCGGCUGCCAAGGGGGACCUAGUGCAACUCACUAAUUUGUUGCAAAAGAAUGUAAACGUCAAUGCACAAAAUGGAUUUGGGAGGACUGCGCUGCAGGUGAUGAAGCUCGGCAACCCCGAGAUCGCCCGCAGGCUGCUGAUGAGCGGAGCGAACCCCAACCUGAAGGACAGUACCGGCUUCGCCGUCAUUCACGACGUAGCCAGAGCGGGUUUCCUGGACACUUUGCAGACCCUGCUGGAGUUCCACGCCGACGUGAACAUCGAGGACGCGGAAGGCAACCUGCCGUUACACCUGGCGGCCCAGGAGGGCCACGUGCGGGUGGUGGAGUUCCUGCUGCGGCGCACCCCGAGCCGCGUCAUGCACCAGAACCGCCGCGGGGACACGGCGCUGGACGUGGCCCGGCUGUACCGGCGCAGCGCCGUGGUGCGGCUGAUGGAGGGCGGCCCCCCGCCCGCGGCCGACACCGACUGAACCGGGCCUCCUCGGACACUGCGGCUCCCAGCCUCGAUCUUUGAUGAUUUUCUUUUUUUUUUCUCCCCCUUUUUAAUAACGUUUGGUUCAACCCUACUUCUAUAUAUAUUUUUUUCUUUUUUUUUGUUGUUGUUAUAUUUUUGGAAUAGUGGAUAGUGUGAGUUCAAGAAGUUGUAGAAGUGGGGUUUUAGCUAAGGAACAUUAUUUCAAUGCACGGUGGCGGCACGUUGUUACCGCCGCCGCUCACAUCACUCCUCACUCCGCCGUGCCCACGCCGCAGCUCACACCGGGCUUCCAGCACCACGCUCUGCAGUGUAUCCCCGUUCGUUACUCAGCCAUUAACCUAAACGUUGAGGAUCCACCGCUUAAUGACCCCUUUCCGCGCCGGGGGAAGGAAACAGCCCGCGGGGAUUCUUCCCCCCCCCCCCCCCCCUCCCCCACACCCCCGGCUCAGCCUGACGCGUGUUGGGGUCGGGUGGGGACCGGGAGCGGCCCGGCCGGGGGGGCACCGGGCCCGGGAGAACCGCUUCGGGCAUCAACCUCAGUCUGACACUAACAGGAGCUCUUAAGAGUAGGUCGCUCGCUUUCUAAAUGUAGAUGACACUUUUCCCCUUUGUGUAUUUAAACUUUCACCGAGCUGCCUUUGAGUGUAGUUACCAGAAACAACAGAAGUGGCUUUUCUUUUUUUUUUUUCUUUUUUUGGCCAGAGGUUUUGAGGCGCUCAGCUGGGCACUCGGAGCAGAAAAGUGCAUUAUUCUCCAGUUUCCAAAGAGCACAUAACCCCGGGCAGAGGUAGGAGCACAGAAAUGGGGGGCUGAAAUCCUCCAGCUCCUCCUGUCCCUGCCUGAGCUGAGCGCUGUUGCGAUGCUCUUUAGAAAUGAUCGCUUCGUACCGCCCGCUUUGUUUUGUUUGGGGAAGAAAAAAAAAAGGAAAAGCCAAACCCCACAGGAUGAUGACGGCUGUAUCUUACAGGUAUAUUUGGAUGCAGUGGAAUUUAGGAAGCGACACUUGAGGUACUGGUGAGGUGAUCUCAAUGCCUGCACCUAACGAGCAAUGGAAUCCCUGAACUGUUUCCCUUGCAGAACAGCCGUCAGGGUCCCACGGCCGAACCCCCCGUUAAGGCGGGGAGCAGCGGGAGGGGCGGCGGACGGGAACCUCGGCGUGCUCUGCGCUGCGGGGUCGGACUGUCGAUGGCACAGGAUGGGAAGGCACACAUCAAUGUGAAAGGAAAGACUGGCUGCAAAAUAGCACCUAAAAGACAAGGGCUGUACAUUGCUUUACGUUUUCUUUCUUUAAAACAAACAAACAAACCAACCCCAAAAUUUAUGUACACGGUCCCGCAAAAUGAACUACCACUGUUUUCCAGUAUCAAUAACUGCCUGGACCUGUCCGUCCCGUCGCUGUACUCUCACAACCACUGUGUUCUGCGUUCUCUGAUUAAAAACCUCUGUGCACCGCAA